CUCAAUCUAUAGAUUGAUUUACUGAAAUAUUUAAGUGUUUUUGUCUUGAUACACUCAAUAUUUAUUUCAAACUUUUAUCUGACGACUUUAUACCACGACAUUUGUUUCCCAGACAGCGCGGAGCAGGGAGGACUCAUCCAGACACCUUUAGCUCGAGAAACAUUUCUACCUUAGAAUCAGACGGUCUUAUAUUAUUCCUCCGCUUUUUAUUCGUCUUGGAGACCAUCGCCAUGAAUUUCGCCGUCAAAAUGUUUCUUCUUCUGCUUGUAUCUGACGCCCGUGCAGCAAAAUUAGAGUUUUCCUACUUACGGCGCAUGUCACAGUCCUCAGCCUCGAUUCCAGACUGUACUCUACAGACCUACAUGGUCAGGUCCAAGCUGGACUGUGUCCGUCGCUGCUUCAGCCUCACGUCUUGCACCUGGUUGACCUACACGACCCUGGCACCUGAUAAAGGCUCUUGUGUGUGUCUGUCAUCAUGUGUGACAUCAUACACAGCCACCACCACCACCACGACCUCAACCACCACCACCACUACUUCUCCGGCAGCAGUUUACUUCAAGAUAUGCGGGGGCAAAAUGUACAACACAACUUCUGGUUUUUCUUGGCUCAACAAAACGUGUUCCAGCAACAGAGACUGUCCAGCGGACAAUUCCGUGUGUUACACUCCGUCAUCUACCUGUCUCUGUACACCUGGAUAUUACUAUUCAGUCCGGUGCACCUCCUGUACUCGAGAUUGUGACCCCAGUAACCUACGGAAUACUUUUGUGAAGUUCACAGGAGGAUACCUGUUAGGACAUGAUAACCGUGUGUACUCUGGAGUAACCUAUCGGAGGUGUGAAAUGAUGUGCGCCGCCGACAGCCGUUGUUUGUCAUUCGACUACCCGCCUACUACCUCCGGCUGCUACUUAAGUUACGACACGGCCCUCACAUCCAACGACUUUUAUUCAAACGCCAUGAACACCCAAGACUAUUAUCAACGGAUGUGUUUAUAAACGCGAUUGUUUACGUUUUGUAGACCCGUUAUGUCACAAUGUUGACGUCUUGUAUUACCCUUGUGACAAAUAUUUUGUAUAAUUG